UCUCCGCUCCGCUGCUCCGUGUGUGGCGCAUGCUGGGAGACGCCUCGGCGCAUGCCCACGGCAUCAAUCACGUGUGCUUCUCGUGCACUACACGCGCCCGCGCCUCACUUCCGGGCUUGUUUCCGGCGAGGCGUUUGGUGACCGUUGAGCGGCAAGAUGAGCGUCUUCUCGCGCCUCAGGAACGGAAUCCCGCCGUCGCGCGACGACUGCCAGUCUCCCUAUGAGCGGCUGAGCCAGCGGAUGCUGGACAUUUCUGGGGACCGAGGUGUGCUGAAGGACAUCAUCCGCGAGGGCGCCGGCGAUCCCGUGACGCCCGAUGCCUCCGUGCUGGUGAAAUAUUCUGCGUACCUGGAGCACAUGGACAAGCCUUUCGAUUCUAACUACUCUAGGAAAGCACCUCGACUGAUGAAACUCGGGGAAGAUAUUACACUCUGGGGCAUGGAGCUGGGCCUUCUAAGCAUGCGCAGAGGGGAGCUGGCUAGGUUCCUGUUCAAGCCAACCUAUGCUUAUGGCACCCUGGGGUGCCCGCCCCUCAUCCCUCCAAAUGCCACUGUCCUGUUUGAGAUUGAGCUGAUUGACUUCCUUGAUUCUGCUGAGUCAGACAAGUUUUGUGCACUCUCAGCUGAGCAGCAAGAACAGUUUCCACUUCAGAAGGUCCUCAAGGUAGCAGCAACUGAGAGGGAGUUUGGCAACUAUCUUUUCCGCCAGAACCGCUUCUGUGAUGCCAAAGUGAGAUACAAGCGGGCCUUGUUGCUGCUUCACCGACGCUUGGCAAUCUGUGAGGAGCAGAACCUAGUGGAGCCUGCUGAGCUUCUGGUCCUCCUUAACCUGUCCUUUGUGUAUCUGAAGCUAGACCGACCUGCCAUGGCCCUGCGCUAUGGGGAGCAGGCUCUGCUCAUUGACCAAAGGAACGCCAAGGCUCUCUUCCGGUGUGGACAGGCUUGCCUCCUUCUAACUGAGUACGAGCAGGCCCGGGAUUUUCUAGUGCGAGCUCAGAAGGAGCAGCCCUGCAACCAUGACAUCAAUAAUGAGCUGAAGAAGCUGUCCAGCCACUACAGGGACUACGUGGACAGAGAGAAAGAGAUGUGUCACCGGAUGUUUGCUCCCUGUGGGGGCGGCUCCUCAGUGGGAGGAAACUGAAGGUUUGUCAGCCACUGCAAGAACAGGGCCAGUGGACUCCUCCAUCAUACUGCAGCCAGAAUGGACGCAGCUCCCUAGUGCACACUGCUCCAGCCGCCCCCUGGAAGACAGCAGCACCCCUGCCAGCCCUGCCAGACUGUCUGUCCAGGUUCAUACAUAGUAACACAGACUGCUCUGUAGUG